CGGAUUCUCGAGAUUAAAAAAUGCCGGUUUUUGAAAUCCCUUAAAAAGUAAACAAAAUCCAUGCCUUUGACUUUAAAAUUGCUCAAAAAUGUCUGAAAUAGCGAUAAUUAACUUUCAGUCAUCGAACGCCAGUGUAAUUGAUUUGCAAAAUCACGUCACUUUAGGUUCAUACAAAAACUCUUCGGCAAAGAGGAAUAACGUUACCUUGUUAAAAGAUGAGUUACUUUUAAUUGGAGACAGUGCAAAAGCGUUACUUCACACGUUUCACCUCAAAAAAUGGGAAGAAGAGCUUUCUUGUAAAAUUGUUUUGCCUGCGAAACCGAAUGCUGUUGCCGCUUCUCGAGAUGGAUGUUUCGUUGCGAUUGCCAUGGGUAGCGAUGUGAUGGUUUGGCAGCCGGCAAUGAAUUUGUUCGUUAAAUGUCCAAAAACGCAUUAUCAGCAAGUGACAAUUGUGCGAUUCACGAAGGAAGGUUCACAUUUUAUCACAGCUGGGGACGACGGGAUGAUCGUUUUGUGGCAUUUGACGAAAGUCCUGUCGAACGAUGAGCAAUUGAUGAAGACUUGUUCGCACGUUUUCUCCGAUCAUCAACUUCCCAUCACGGAUAUUAAUGUUUCGGCGGAUUUUUAUGAGUCGAGUUUGAUUUCUACCUCCAUGGAUAGGACUUGUCGCAUCUACGAUUUGAACAGCAAAGCAACUUUGUUGAAAAUUGUCUUUGAAUCUGUCAUGUGCGUUGCGAUUUUUAGCGAUACGAAGCACUGUGCGUUUUUGGGAGACACGAACGGAAAUAUUUUCAAAGUAAUUUUGACGAAUUUCAAGCCUUACACGAACGAAGUCUUCGAAAAUCAGAUGAAAGAUUUGAAUAAAUUCGCUCCGGUGCAUAAAAAAGAAAUCACGUCGCUCGCAAUGAUGGCUUGUAAUCUCCGCCUGGUCUCUGGAAGUUCAGAUAAAUUAGUUGUAAUUUGGAAUAGUGAAGGUCAGGCGUUAAAAGUGUUGCAACAAACCUCCGAAGUUACCAAUAUAACUGUAAUGUUCGCCUCUUGCUUGGAAUACGACAAAGAAGGAUGCUUGGAAAAUACGAUAAAAACCAUGAACAGAGUCAAAUGUGACUUGAGUAAUCCCAAUAUGGAGCUCCAAUGCCCGAGACAGUUUGGGUAUUAUGACUUUUUCAUUAAAGAAGAAGUUACGCCGGCAUCAAGUAGUUACGACAAUAAGCUAGAAGAGGAAAAUUUAAAGUUGAAAAAAGCCAAUGCUGAACUUUUUGAAUAUUGUAAAUUGUUGCUUGACAUGAAAAAUGACAAAAGUGAAGACAAAUAAAGGUUUUUAAUUUUUUUAUAGUAA